UCAGCAAAGGCAAAGAUCAGAUCCCUCCUCCAACGUCCAGGAUGAGAGUAGGAUGAAAACUAAAACCCUUUUGAAAAAGUAGCUUUCAUUUGCCCGCCCAUAUAAAAAUCAAAACCCUCCACACUCUCUCUCUCUUCUCUUUUCUCCUCUUUCCAAUCAAAACCCCCCUUUCUGUGUCUUUCGAUUUUCUCUUCUCUUUUGGUUCUUUGCCAUGGAAGAAGAGCACAGGGUUACAGAUCUAAUCAAAGAACUGGUUCUUCGGUUACUCUCCCAAAACCCUCAAAACCCUAGUUCUUCAAUCGACACUCAGAAGUCUCUUCGCUAUGCAAUUCGCAUACUCUCCAGUCUGAUGACUCCCUCAAUCGCCCCCGACUCUGCCGCCAUUGCUGAGUCCAUCAAGCGGCAGCUAGCCACCCAAGGUAAGUCCUCGCAAGCCCUAGCUUUUGCGGAUCUUUACACCAAAUUCGCUUCAAAAAAUGGACCUGGAAGCAUAGAGAACAAGUGGGCUGUGCUUUAUUUGCUCAAAGUCAUUUCUGAAGAUCGGAAAAACCAGAAGAGUAGAUCGGAUUCGAGGGUUUCUUCUGGAUUCUCUGCGUCUGUUGGUUUGCCGGCAUUGUUUGAUGCCGAAUCGGGAGGCUACUCGGGGGUUUCCAGGAACCGGGAAACCCUAGAAAAGGGUUGGAAUAAUGGGGUUUUGUUGGUUUCUAAGGACCCCGAAAAUAUCAGGGAAAUUGCGGUUAGGGAGUUCGCGAAUUUAGUGAAAGAAGAGAACGAGGUGUCAGAGGAGGUUCUGGUUAGGGAUGUGUUGUAUGCUUGUCAGGGAAUUGAUGGGAAGUAUGUGAAAUUUGAUAAGAGCGUUGAUGGGUAUUUGUUAAGGGAUUCAAUUAAGGUUCCCAGAGCAACCCGGAUUACUGUUCAGAAGCUUUGUGAAUUGGGGUGGUUGUUUAGGAAAGUUAAGGGGUAUAUAUCUGAAAGUAUGGAUCGGUUUCCAGCUGAAGAUGUGGGGACUGUUGGCCAAGCUUUUUGUGCUGCAUUGCAAGACGAACUUUCACAUUAUUAUAAGCUGUUGGCAGUGCUUGAAGCACAAUCAAUGAAUCCCAUUCCUUUGGUUUCAGAGAUGGCAAAUUCGGGGAAUUAUCUUUCAUUGAGAAGAUUGUCAGUUUGGUUUGCAGAGCCAAUGGUGAAGAUGAGGUUAAUGGCUGUUUUGGUAGAUAAGUGCAGAGUUUUGAGGGGAGGGGCGAUGGCUGGGGCUAUUCAUCUGCAUGCCCAACAUGGUGAUCCACUCGUGCAUGAGUUCAUGAGGCAGUUACUCUGCCGAGUAUGUUCUCCUCUUUUUGAAAUGGUGAGGAGUUGGGUUUUGGAAGGGGAGUUGGAGGACAUUUUUGCGGAAUUCUUUGUUUUGGGUCAGCCUGUAAAAGCUGAAUCACUUUGGAGGGAAGGUUACCGGCUACAUGCUGGGAUGCUUCCUUCUUUCAUUUCUCAAUCUCUUGCUCAGCGCAUUUUAAGAACUGGGAAGUCCAUAAAUUUUCUCCGUGUCUGUUGUGAGGAUCGUGGAUGGGCUGAUGCUGCAACAGAAGCUGCAGCAGCAGCUGGAACCACAACCAGAAGGGGGGGUCUUGGAUAUGGUGAAACUGAUGCUCUCGAGUCUCUGGUCAUUGAAGCGGCAAAGAGAAUAGAUAAGCAUUUGUUGGAUGUCAUGUAUAAGCAGUACAAGUUCAAAGAACAUUGUCUUGCAAUCAAGCGGUAUCUACUGCUUGGACAAGGUGAUUUUGUUCAGUAUCUGAUGGACAUUGUUGGCCCGGAACUUUCCGAGCCUGCUAACACUAUUAGCUCAUUUAAGCUAGCUGGGUUGCUGGAAAGUGCAAUCCGAUCAUCUAAUGCACAAUAUGACGACCGUGACAUAUUGGAUAGAUUGAGGGUCAAGAUGAUGCCACAUGGAACUGGAGAUAGGGGUUGGGAUGUAUUCUCUUUAGAAUAUGAUGCUAGAGUUCCACUGAAUACUGUGUUUACAGAGUCGGUUAUGGCCAGGUAUUUAAGAAUUUUCAACUUUUUAUGGAAGCUUAGACGCGUUGAGCAUGCACUUAUUGGUGCUUGGAAGACAAUGAAACCGAACUGUAUUACUUCUAACUCUUUUAUUAAGCUCCAGAGUGCAGUUAAGUUACAGUUGCUUUCAACACUAAGGCGUUGCCAAGUUCUCUGGGAUGAGAUGAAUCAUUUUGUUUCAAAUUUGCAAUACUAUAUCAUGUUUGAAGUUUUGGAGGUUUCAUGGUCUAAUUUUUCAAAUGAAAUGGAAGCAGCAAAGGAUCUUGAUGAUCUACUUGCAGCCCAUGAUAAGUACCUUAAUUCAAUUGUGGAGAAGUCUCUCCUUGGGGAACGAUCCCAAAACCUUUAUAAGACUCUCUUUGUUUUAUUUGACCUUAUCUUGCGGUUCCGAAGUCACGUGGAUCGAUUAUAUGAAGGUAUUCAUGAGUUGCAAUCAAGAACCAUGGAAUCCUUGUCGCCUUCUCGGGACAAGACCAGAUCUAGGAGGCUGUUAAAUGAUAAAACUGCAGAGCCUGGGGCAUGGAUCAGUGAUGGUAGGAAGGCUCUAACCCAACGUGCUGGUGAAUUUCUGCGAAAUAUGGGACAAGAUCUGGAUGCGAUUGCUAAGGAAUAUUCAUCAUUGCUGGAAGGAUUCAUUUCUCAGUUGCCUGUGCAACAACAUAUUGAUUUGAAGUUCCUCCUCUUCCGGCUUGAUUUCACUGAGUUUUACUGCCAGUUGCACCCAAAUAUGUAAAGAAAGCAUUUAGUCUAACAUUUGAGCUGAAAUGAAUAUUUCCACAAUCUACAGCAUGGACAAAGUGCUAGAAUGACCCUGUUGCUUCCCAGGAUGUGACUGAACGGUCAUGGAGUUGCUAACUUGCAUUGGGACCAACCUGUUUGUAUUUCAUUGCUUAUUUUUAGAUGGUGUUAUUUCCUUUCUGAUUGGUAGCUUGGAAGUCUUCAAUGUUCAACUGAAGGCAUGCUAUUAUCAUUAAAUCAGGGUGUCAAUACGGUAGUGUACACGUUUGUUAUUUCAUGGUCCUAUGAUGUGUUUCCAUUUUUUGCGGCUUUUGCAAGCUGUGCAUCCCGAGUUUGUACAUCUGUACCAUAAUAGCUCUGUAAUGUUCAAAUGACAAGAAAUGUGUGCUAAUUUUUCUAAUUUUUAACAUCUUUUUUUUUUUCCA